UAUGCAUAUACCAAAUGAACCCUAUAAGUCUUAGGGGUCAUUUGGAUUAAGUAUUUAGGUGUGUUAUUUGAGGUCAAAUAACACAAAAUCUGUUAUUUGACCCCAAAUAACAUGUUUGGCUGACAAAAAGUGGGAUGCGUUAUUUGGAUAUAGUGUUUUGCCAAAUAACAGAUUUUAGACCAAAUAACACAAAAAGUGUUGUUUGCCAAAUACUUGAGAGGGGUAGGUAUUUGCCAAAUAACAAGUUUGAGACCAAAUAUCACAUACCAAACAACAUGUUUUAUAUUAUGUGAUAUUUGUGUGGUAAUUGACCCCAAACAACAAGUUUAUCAAAUACUCAAUCCAAACGACCCCUUAAUUUUUAGCCUACCUGCCUCGUCAUUCUUCCUAAACGAGUCUGGGUCCCAAAGUUGUCAAAACACCUAAAACCCUAAUAAGAAAUUCCACACCAAUCGGAUUAAUACCCUAUUCGUUGUGAAAGCGAAUAGCGUGAGAGAGGCGGAUGGAGGAUUUAUCGCUUCCAUGUUGCACUCGGAGAUGUUGAUUCUCUGGGAACUCCUUGAAUUGGGUUGUUGUUGUGUGCCUACUUACCGGCGGGAGACAGGAAAGGCGAUAGCUUUCACUUGCGCAGAGUUGCUGCCACCACUUUGUUUCAGAGUAAGUUUCCUGUAACUUCCCACCAUGGUUGGCAGAUGGCUGAUUCUUAUGGCUUCUAUCCUUUACUUGAGAAGGGCAAUCAUUCAUUUGCGAACUUCAAACGCACACCUCGCGUUUGCAGGUGAUGAAUUAUAGGACGGAGCUAUGUUCUUAGUGCAUGCGGUCUUCUUCUUCCCCUGUGGUAUUGAAGGGCAUAUCCAUAGCUGAAAUACAGAAGUUCAUACCUAGCAAGUGGAAACAGAGUGCCAAGCUACAGGUGGAUACUACUGUGGUGGAGAGUCCAAUCCGCCAGAGUUAUGCUAUUAAGGAUGGACAUGUCAUGUUAAGUUUCUUAGUAACCUGUCUUAAAGAUCACACAAGCCAAGGAAAUAUCUCCAAAGCAUUCGAAACAUUCUCUUUGGUGCAGCGCCAUGCUCGGUCUAUCUCAGCUCGUGACUCCCUCGUGCAUUCCAUCUCUUGUCUUCUCUUCUCUUGCACGGAACAGAAAUCGGUUUGCCAGGGUAGACAGCUCCAUUCGCAUGUCAUAUCAUUGGGGUUGGACCGACAUCCAGUUUUGGUCCCAAAGCUUGUUACUUUCUACUCAAACUUUGACUUUGUAGCCGACUCUCACGCUAUAGUCGAGAAUGCAAAUAUUAUGCACCCUUUGCCUUGGAAUUUGCUCAUAUCUGCCUAUAUUAGCAAUGGGAUGUAUCAAGAGUCACUUUCUGCCUAUAAACAGAUGUUGGGCAGAGGAGUUAGACCAGAUAAUUUCACUUAUCCGUCAGUUCUGAAGGCUUGCGGUGAACUGUUGGAUCUCCCUUUCGGGAGGGAGGUUCAUGAGGCCAUUAAUGCUAGCUCUCAUGGAUGGAGUUUAUUUGUGCAUAAUUCCUUGAUAUCCAUGUAUAGUAAAUCUGGGGAGUUGGAAGUUGCUCUUCGUUUGUUCAAUGAAAUGCCGGAAAGGGAUGCAGUGUCAUGGAAUGCUAUUAUUGGUGGCUAUGCAUCAAGGGGAAUGUGGAAGGAAGCUGUUGACCUAUUUGAGAGAAUGCAGUCAGAAGUUGAUGACAUAACCAACAUAACAUGGAACACUGUGGCUGGAAGUUGUUUACGUGGUCGGAACUUCUUAGGUGUCCUUUACCUGCUUUCUAAGAUGAGGAAUUAUGUUAAUUUGGACUCAGUAGCACUUCUUAGUGGUUUAAGUGCUUGUUCGCAUAUUGGAAGCCUUAAAGUAGGAGCUGAGCUCCAUGGAUUUGCGGUUCGCAGUUGUAAUGAUGGAUUGCAUAAUGUCACGAAUGCCUUAAUUACCAUGUACUCCAGAUGCAAUGACCUGAGGCAUGCUUAUAUUUUGUUUUCUUCGAUGGAAACGAAAACUAUAGUUACCCGGAACUCCAUGAUCUCUGGCUUUGCCAAUCUUGGCCUGUCUGAAGAAGCAUCCUUCAUAUUCAGAGAGAUGUUGCUUACUGGCAUAGAACCCAAUUAUGUGACUAUUGCAAGCACCCUUCCCAUGUGUGCUCGAAUUGCAAAUCUACGACAUGGCAAGGAGUUCCACUCCUACAUUCUCAAACGCUCGGUUUAUAAAGAUUGUCUGUUGAUAUGGAAUGCCCUAGUUGAGAUGUACGCGAGAUCUGGCAAGCUUUCAGAAGCUAGAAAGCUGUUUGAUUCAAUGACAACAAGGGACGAGGUGACCUAUACUUCGCUAAUUGCUGCAUAUGGGAUUCAAGGGGACGGACAUACUGCACUGAAACUCUUUAACGAUAUGCUUAGGUGCAAACUCCAACCAGACCAUGUUACCAUGGUCGCAGUUCUUUCGGCUUGUAGCCACUCGGGUCUGGUGACUGAAGGGCAUUUGUUGUUUCAACAAAUGUCAAGUGUGUAUAAUGUAGCUCCUAGAUUGGAGCACUUUGAUUGCAUGGCUGACCUCUUUGGGAGGGCUGGAUUUUUAAAUAAAGCCAGGGAGAUAAUCACUACUAUGCCUUACAGUCCAACACCUGCGAUGUGGGCUACUCUCCUAGGAUCGUGCAGGAUUCAUGUAAAUAUAGGUAUGGGGGAAUGGGCGGCGACAAAAUUGUUGGAGAUGAAGCCAGAAAAUUCAGGUUACUAUGUCUUGGCCGCUAACAUGUAUGCUGCAGCUGGAUGUUGGGAUAAGCUAGCAAAGGUCAGAACUUUGAUGAGAGACUCAGGUGUGAAGAAGUCUCCUGGGUGUGCCUGGGUUGAUGUGGAUUCUGGGUUUAGGCGUUUCUUGGUGGGAGGUACAUCAGAACAGCAUGCAUAUGAGCUGUAUCCGAUAUUGGACGGUAUGACAGAGGUAAUGAAAGAUUUCGGUCAUGAUUCAUCAUCGAUGGAUUUUAGCUCGGAAGAUGAAGCUCUACAAGCAGCAGGAUGAGGCUCUUUAGGUAAAAAAGAAUGCAGAAGAGCUUGCAGUUUUUUCAAGACGCUCAUCCACCUGGAAAAUAGCAGUUUCAAGAUGGAAUUUUGGUACUUUCAGUAACCUGUGAAUGCAUGUGCUUUUACAGUAACAAUACAUUUUCGCGGGAUUUUAUUGCAAAAAGGGCAAUAUGGCUUUAAAGAGUGUCUUGAAAUGCUUUUUUUUUUUUAACAGGUGAUCUCAAUUGCCAGGAUGGGAGGUUUCGUAAAGGAGAAUAAUUGAGAACUCACUUCUAUCUUCUAACGAAAGCUUCGUCUGUUGUAUUUGCUGCUCAUACUAGCAAUGGAGAAUCUGCAACAGGCAAGUAACAAUCUGCAUAGCCGUUUCGCCAGGGUUUUCAAUCUCGCCUUAACUGUUUUAGAGAACAACACUAACUAGUACAUUUUUUUUCCAGGGUUCCGAAGUUCCUGCUGGAUUUCUGAUUUUGUUGGCAACAAGCCACCUAUAUGAUCAAUAUAGCAAAGAAUGGUACUUUAGAGAUCACUUCAUUGGAGAGAAGAAAAAGUUGGAGUCCAUUGCAGAAGACGCGUGUUCCGUAAAUAAUUAUCACCAGAUGCAUCUGACAUAUCCAGAUAUGCAGAUUGGAUUAGAUGGAGUUAGGACGUCCUACCACCUGAUGCAGUUAGGUCCAUAGUCUGGUCCUGACUACUUUACAGUUCACUCCUGACAGUGGUUCAACUAUGGAACACGACUUGGUGACGAAUUCCUGAAUGCGGCGGGGAUGAUAUUGUACAGAAUAACGUUUAGCCUGUAAAUUGGCUGGUGUAAAUACCAAAGGAAUGGUUCCCACUUCCCAGACAGAAGUCACUGGUAAUUCAACGUUGACUUGUAAAUUCUUCCA